CGGAAGAUGGCGGAGGAGCUGUGCGGUUCGCUGCAGCCUGGCCGCGCUCGGCCGGGCAGCGCGGAGUCUUCGCCCCGCGGGCGCUCCCGCAGCGGUGUGGGCGGGCGGCUCUGAGCGUGGGGCGCGGCGGGCGGCCCUGCUCCCCGCUCCGCCAUGAGCUGCUCGGCGGACGCCGUGAAGGAGAAGCUGCUGUGGAACGUGAAGAAGGAGGUAAAGCAGAUCAUGGAAGAAGCUGUUACCCGGAAAUUUGUACAUGAAGACAGCAGUCACAUCAUUGCCUUAUGUGGUGUUGUGGAAGCCUGUCUCCUGCACAUGCUGAAGCGCAGGGCUGCUGGCUUCCUACGGACUGACAAGGUGGCUGCCCUGUUCACCAAAGUUGGCAAGACGUAUGCAGUAGCUGGAGACAUAUGCAAGGAAGUGCAGGAGCUGCAGCAGCAGGUAGAAAGCAGGAAAAAUCAGCCAAAUGGGCAGGAACCCCUCAAGAGGCAGGGAUCAACCACAGGCAAAACCCCUGUCCUGACACCUCAGGCCAUCAAACACAUAUGGGUUCGGACAGCGUUGAUUGAGAAAGUGCUCGACAAGAUUGUGCAGUAUAUUGUCGAUAACUGCAGUAAAUAUUACGAAAAAGAAGCUUUACUGGCAGAUCCCGUUUGUGGCCCGAUACUGGCUUCUCUUCUAGUUGGACCCUGUGCUCUGGAGUACACCAAGCUAAAAACAGCAGAUCACUAUUGGACAGACCCUUCAGCAGAUGAGCUCGUUCAACGACACCGGAUUCAUGGAGUACAUGGCCGUCAAGACUCUCCUUCAAAGCGCCCAGCCCUGGGAAUCCGGAAACGACAUUCAAGCGGAAGCACGUCAGAAGAUCGCUUUGCUGCCUCAGCAAGAGAGUACGUGGAGUCUUUGCACCAGAAUUCCCGAACACACCUUUUGUAUGGGAAAAACAAUGUCUUAGUCCAGCCGAAAGAUGACUUGGAGGCAAUUCCUGGGUAUCUGUCCCUUCAUCAGUCAGCAGAUAGUUUGACAUUAAAAUGGACUCCAAAUCAGCUGAUGAAUGGAACCCUUGGAGACUCAGAGCUGGAGAAAAGUGUUUACUGGGACUACGCAUUAAUAGUACCACUCAGCCAGAUUGUCUGCAUUCACUGCCAUCAGCAACCAGAAAGCAGAUGGACAUUAGUCUUGGUGAGUCAGGAUGGAACUCAGAAACCUCCACUGCACUUCCCCCAAGGAGGUCACCUCCUUGCAUUUCUUUCCUGCCUGGAAAAUGGCCUUCUGCCUCGUGGCCAGCUGGAACCACCACUUUGGUCGCAACAGGGCAAGGGUAAGGUAUUUCCAAAGCUUCGAAAACGAAACAGCAACAAAUCAGUGGACCUAGAGGAAAUGCCCGCUGAAGACACUUCUAUAGACUAUGUGUUCAGAAUUAUCUAUCCAGGACACAAGCAUGAUAACAUAACUAUUAACUACCACCACUUAGCUGCCAGCCGCUCUACCUCUGUUGACGAUGAUGAGGAGGAGGAAGAUAAGCUACACGCAAUGCUAUCAAUGAUCUGCUCUCGGAACCUCACAGCUCCUAAUAGGAUGAAAGACACCAGUGAAAUGAUAGAGAUGCAAGGCUUUGGGGCAAACUCGCUUUCGUGGCAGCUGGAGCACUGCAGCCAAGGAUCCUCAUGUGUCUCUUGUUCAACAGGCAGCACUCCCUAUGAUAUACCCAGCUGUUGCAACUGCAUCCAUGACCGAACUCCAUUAAAGAUGUUGUGUGAAAGCAUGAAGAGGCAGAUAGUUUCCAGAGCCUUUUAUGGAUGGCUUGCCUACUGCCGCCAUCUGUCAACAGUGCGAACUCAUCUGUCUGCCCUCGUGAACCACACUAUUAUCCCACCUGACAAACCGUCCAGUGCUGCAGGAGGCCUGACUAAAGAGGUCUGGAGCAAGUAUCAGAAGGACAAGAAGAAUUACAGGGAACUGGAAUUACUAAGAAGAGUUUACUAUGGUGGCGUACAGCAUGAGAUUCGAAAGGAAGUGUGGCCAUUCUUGUUAGGUCACUAUAAAUUUGGCAUGGCCAAAAAGGAAAUGGACCAGGUGGAUGAAGACAUUGCUCUCCGGUAUCAGAAGGUCAUGGCUGAGUGGAAAGCCUGUGAGGUCAUUGUAAAGCAGCGAGAGAAAGAAUCACAUUCUGCCACGCUGGCAAAGUUUUCGUCGGGCAGCAGCAUUGACAGCCACGUCCAGCGACUGAUUCACAGGGACUCCACCAUCAGCAACGAUGUCUUUAUAUCUGUAGACGAAGCUGACUCAGCGGAGCGGGACUCAAAAGGUCAGGAUGAUCCCAGUUUCACUGUGGUGUCGGCUGACACGCCAGCAGCAGCAGCUGCUGUAGAGCGACAGUCUGUGGAGUUUGACUCCCCCGACUCUGGGCUGCCAUCCUCGAGGAACUACUCUGUGGCCUCAGGUAUCCUGUCCAGUAUCGAUGAUGGGCAGAGCGUCUCCUUUGAAGACGGGGCUGAAGAAGAAGCUAGCACUGACUUGGAAAGGACUGAUCCAGACAUACCACGUAUGCAGAAAGCCAAGCCAGUUGUACAGUCUCAGGAUUCUGUAUCAGAAGAGCAGCUGUGUUCCCAGGUGGAUUAUUUAAUGGAUGUUGCUUCUGUCUGCGCUGCAUCCUACACAAUAGAGUUAUUGGACACCGUUGCCUUAAAUUUGCACAGAAUUGAUAAAGAUGUCCAGAGGUGUGAUCGGAAUUACUGGUAUUUUACUGCCGACAACCUGGAGAAACUCCGAAACGUCAUGUGCAGUUACGUUUGGGAGCACCUAGAAGUUGGUUAUGUUCAAGGCAUGUGUGACCUCCUGGCUCCUUUGAUGGUUAUACUUGACAAUGAUCAGCUGGCUUACAGCUGCUUCAGCCACCUGAUGAAGAGGAUGAGCCAGAACUUCCCCAAUGGAGGUGCUAUGGACACACACUUUGCCAACAUGCGGUCCCUAAUCCAAAUUUUAGACUCAGAGCUUUUUGAAUUGAUGCACCAGAAUGGAGAUUACACUCACUUUUACUUCUGCUAUCGCUGGUUCCUGCUUGACUUUAAAAGAGAAUUGUUGUACGAGGAUGUAUUUACAGUGUGGGAAGUUAUUUGGGCAGCAAAGCACAUCUCUUCAGAACAUUUUGUCCUUUUCAUUGCCUUAGCACUUGUGGAAGUUUAUCGAGAGAUUAUCCGUGAUAACAACAUGGACUUCACUGAUAUCAUCAAGUUUUUUAAUGAAAUGGCAGAGCAUCAUAAUGCCGAGGAAAUUCUGAGGAUAGCAAGAGACCUCGUCUACAAAGUGCAGACGCUGAUUGAAAAUAAGUGAUAAUGAACAGACUGUCAUUGUGGGCCUCGUGAGCUAUCGGUGGAGCAUUUCUUGCACUUAACUUCAAAAUGUUGUUCUAAUUGCAUCUUCCAUGUAAUGUAAUAAAUAUCAAAGGGAUUUGUAACAGA